AUGGCGCCAGAUAAAAGCUACGCCCGCCUCGCCAAACCCGUUCUGCCCUAUACAUCCAUCCCGUUUAGUUAUCUGUCUUCCUACCUGGCGCAUGCCGACACCAUCGGCGACAGGGGCCUGACCCAGAUCGAUCUCCGACUCUCAAUCAUCCAGGAGGGUAUCCAGAAGCCACGUGACCCGAUCUACAAAGGCGCUUUUUUACCCAUUCAUUUUGCAAGAGAUGUGAAGCACCAGGUUUUUGCUAUUUAUGGGGCAGAAUACGAAAAGUGCGGUGGCAAUGGUGUCUUAUCUUCAGGCAAGGCCAUGAUCACUACUAGUCUGGCUCUGUCACAGGAGUCAUUGUCUUGGGUUAGCACCGUCUUACAGAAGAAGAGUGAUGUAAUGAAGGAGGCUGUUUAUGAGAAAAAGAGCACCGACACUGAUCGUAAAAGUCGAUCUGGCUCAUUUUCCAUCCGGUCCUUGCUUUACAGAUAUAUGGUCCCUACGUAG